AGAUGCGACAGCGUCCAGUUGUUAUUCCUCCGGGGCUGAAGGUUGUAGUAGAGGGGCUGAGCAAGGCCGUAGUGCGGUAUCAACCGACGAAUAUUGCAGAUUUUGCAUCGAUGUUCUUCAAAGCACUUGUCGACUUCAGAACAGAAAAGCCAGGUUUGAGUGUGGACGAACUUGUGAAGGAAUUCAAGGCAACCAUAGGCUCACAUUUCUUCAAGAUGAAAACUGAACCUAUUACAGAUGACCCUGUCCAUGGUUAUGAAACAAUUCCCCAUACAAAGCCAAUCCAAGAAUUGGAGGCAGGCACUCUGGGUGAUCUCCCAGAGAGCACUACAGACCAGAGUACCAAGUCUGCUGAUGGGGAACAGAAUGAUCGUGGGGGCUGUGUGUCAGGCACCACCAUCAGCCUGUGCCCGGGGUAUAUAUCAGAGGAGAUGGCCCGCACCCUGGCCCUGUACCGCCGCAAGAUCGACCCAGAAAACUUCCCCCAGGACUCCAUCUCAAGGGAACCUCUAGAUCCAGACUCCACCUGCCCUCGAGUCUGCAAUGCCCUGUUUGAGCGGGUCUCCGUCAGCCAACUUAAAAGCAGAGUAAAUGCGGUCGUGAUCCAAACCGGUAUCUUCCCAAGAGCUUCCCAGAUCUUCGUCCAAACAGAGGACAACAUUGCCUUGAUCAUCUUCCAAGCUGAUGCAUCAUUGUCAGAGAACAAGGUAGUGGGACCCUGCUGUACCGUGGAGGAGGUUGAGAAACCUCAGCCCCUCCACCCAGUCACCACCACUGACGACAUGGCCCAUGUGAUGACGACAACAGGAACACAAGAGACUCCUACUUUGCCCGCUCAGAAGACUGGAGGGAACACUGGAGUUCCAGAGCAGCUUAUCCUGCACACAGAGCCCUCCGACUACCCAAGUCUCCCUGCUUCCACUACCACGGCUGCGAAGAGAGAACCAAACUCCGCCUGUCUGACAAGUCCUCCUGCUGCUACAGCGGAAUUACCAGAAUCAACCAAUCUACCGUGCUCCCACCCCACGGCAGCUGUGAAGAUGGACUCCACUCCUGCUGUCAUGACUGAUGAGACCAGCCCUGUUCAUGUGAACCUCAAAGUGGUGUCCCCUCCCAGCACCAUAAGAAGGCCAGACCCUCCCUCUGCCACACCCAUGGAGGCCCAGAGUGCCCAAUAUGAACCAGCCCCUAUCUCAGAGGAGACCAGAACCCCCUAUCUGCUCUACCUCCCACUGCCCAUAGAGCUGGCAAGGACACCCAGCCUCAUGUGUCAACUGGGCCUGAGGCCCGAGGAAGCCAAGGGCCUCCCCUUCGUCUGCCUUCCUGUGACCCCAGCGGAGCUACCCCUCACCUCCAGCUCUGGGCUGCCCCCGGCCAUGUCCCAGGAGAUCCCCCAGACCCACAGUUAUUUGUUUGCUAACAACAAAAGAAUGCAAGGCCUCCCCGGUACCCCGAGCUUUUGGGAAAAUUCAGUGCCGUACUCCGAGAUGCCCCCCACAUCCAGCCCAGUCCACACAUCUGCCACAAUGGCACAGGAAACGAGAGGCCCCUGCAUGCUGUGCCUACACCCAUACGCACAGGGUGGGACAGGGAACUCUGAGGCUGUAUACAACCAGAGUACUCUCCAGCACCCUGUGUGUCAGCCACAGGCCCGCCAGGCAAUGCUCAACAACGAGCUGCACCCUGACUCCAUAAACAAUGGAUGUUCUCAAAGACCAAGUCACCAGAGUUCUAUUGACAUGAUGACGUCUUUGGCAGGCAUGGGACAAAAGUGCCUGUGUACCAUUCUCAGCAGAACAGGCAGUCGCUGGCGGCUGUGCCACCUGAGUCACCCGGAGCCCCAAGGUAAAAUGGACUUCCCCAACAACACCUCCAAAGGCAUGUUGCGUUGUGGCCCUGACCACAAGACCAACCUACCCGUGUACCAGGACUGCGGGCAGUGUUGCCUUUUGCACCAACUGCUGAAUUGGAAGACCCUCCAUGGCAGCCAGUGCUCUCACAUGGCCGAGUCUCUGUGCCCAGCAUACACCAUGGGACCCGUCGCCCAGCCCCAGGCAGGCCACUCGGACUCCUUCCUCUGCACCCCCCAGCCCCAUGAUAGGGCAGGUAUGUGCCCGCUUCAGUGCACAUCGAUGCACCAGUGCCAGAGCUCCCGACUCCUGUGUGAUAGUCACAGGGGUCUGCUCCAGAUGGGCUCCUUAGACCAGCCCCUUGCCAACACCCAGGGAAAGGUCAAGCAGAAAGACAGCAUCCCCACCAGUGGCUUAGCCACCAGCAACACAAAUCCAGAGUCUGCCAUGAACUGCUGUCCUCAGGGCAACUGAUCUGGAUAUAAUGGAUGCCACAGAAAAGCCAACUUUUGUUGACAUUUUGUUCCCUGCAGACUUAUCAUCACCAAUUAAAUGAUUCAAAUAAAACAAGAAAUUCAUA